CACUUGUUAAAAUGGCCGAUGAAAAACUGAUAGAAGCUGUGAGAGACUUUCCUUGUCUUUGGCAGUUAUCCACUCGGGCAUACAAAGAUAUUAGGGCAAAGGAAAAAGCCUGGAAGAUAGUUGCUGAUAAAGUUGGUGAAGGAUGUAGUGUAGAUGAUUGUAGUAUGAAAUGGAAGAGUUUAAGAAAUAAGUUUGUGAGAGAGAUCAAAAAAGUAAAGAAAAGAAAAACAGGAGAAGAAGGCCCAGUAUAUGUGUCAUGUUGGCCAUUGUUUAAUUAAAUGACUUUCA